UUUUAUGUCUUACUGAAUGCUCCAAAUCCAUCCUCUACUCAAUCUUGCGCAAAGCAGGCCUUUGCCAUUUUGACCCCCAAUAUCUCUGACAAAUUAAACCCCAACAAGAAAAGGAAAAAAGAAAAAAGAAUCUCCAUAGCAUUGAUAGAUGAAAUGAGAUUGCUCUCUGCUUCCCCUUGCUGCUCUCUCUUGCCUUCUUCCUCAUCUCAGCCCAAUCAUGCAGGCCAUGUGUUCGCUCAUAUUCCCCUUCGAGCUCUCUCAGGGUCCUCAUAUCUUCCUUCAAUGGCCCACCCUUAUUUCACCCGUUCUAAACUCCUGUUACCAAGAAAAAACAACCCCAAAGGCUACAUUCCUCGGACAUGCACCACUUCCUCCUUUCCGUCAUCUCCUUCAUCAUCACCACGAAUUCUUUGCCAGCUCACCUCAUCGGACGCACCUCAGCGUUCAGAUGAGUGGUUCUCUCUUCGAAGGGACAAGCUAACCACGAGCACAUUCAGCACUGCCUUAGGCUUCUGGAAGGGCAACAGACGCUCAGAACUCUGGUAUGAAAAGGUAUAUGCACCUACUACUGAUACAUUAGAUUCCGCCGCCAAAGCUGCAAUGAAUUGGGGUGUAGUGAAUGAAGCCAAAGCCAUUGAGCAAUACAAAAGCAUAACGGGUCGUGAUGUGGGCCUAUUGGGCUUUGCAGUACAUGCCGAGGCCAAAUUUGGGUGGCUUGGAGCCUCCCCAGAUGGACUCUUGGAUUGUUAUCCUAACAAUGGGAUCUUAGAAGUGAAGUGUCCUUAUAACAAAGGGAAGCCAGAGCUUGCAUUGCCGUGGAAUGCAAUGCCUUACUAUUAUAUGCCGCAAGUGCAAGGGCAAAUGGAGAUUAUGGACCGAGAUUGGGUUGAUUUGUAUUGUUGGACUCCAAACGGGAGUUCAAUAUUUAGGGUUGUUCGUGACCGGGAGUAUUGGGAGCUUAUGCAUGGAAUUCUUAAUGAGUUUUGGUUUGGGAAUGUUGUGCCAGCAAGAGAGGCCAUACUACUGGGAAAGGAAAUUGAGGCUAAAGCGUAUGAACCUUCUUCGAAGCAUGAGUUGACAAGCUUAGUCAUUGCGAGGAGUAGGAAAUUGGCGAGAGAGUCGAGGAUGUUGUGUAGAGAUAUUGGAGGUCAUGUGGAAUUCUUUAGAUAGUUUGUUUGUUGUUGGAUUGUCGGAGAAAUUUGCUCCGUUGUAUUUGUUUCACUCUCAUGCCAUUAAUGUUAUAUUUAUUGAUUACCAUUU